AUGGUUCUGCAGGUGCUGAGCACGUGGAACUUUGAUGUUCUGGGCCAUGAGCUGACAGCGUGCGACAUCAAAGCGUUGGACUCGUACAUGAAGCGCUGCAAGCUGGGGCCCUUCCGGCUGGGAAGGGCGCUGGAGCUGCUCAGCGACCCCAGCCACGAGGCAAGGGAAGAGUUGGAGUCCCUUCGCAGCAAAGCCCGAAGGCGCCUGGAGGGCUUGAAGCACAUCCAGCGAGUUCGUAUGAACCGCUUGGACGUGAAUCCGGAUGAAGAAGGCCCGGCUUUUGGCUCACAAUUUGCGUUGCCGCUCCCAAUUCUCAAAGUCAUGUGUCCUGGCUCUUUGGAUUCUUCCUGUGGAAAGAGACAGCAGCUGCCUCAUUUCGAAACUUUGAAGAGGUGA